AUGUUUAACAUAGAAACUAGUGAUAAAGCCAAAAAAAGAAAAAAUAAUAAACAAAUGGCUUUCAGGCACCAUCAAGCAGAAUGCUUAGGUGUUCCUUUAUGCAUUUUGAAGAUGAAUGAAAAUUUUGAAAAAUUACUAUUACAAUAUGCAACAUGGCCUCAGCCGAUCAAGAAUGAAGUAGCCAUAAAUGCUUUAGCUAAUUUUUGUGAUAAAGUUAGUCUUAAUGAACUGCGAGAAUUACCUUGUGUUAUUUGUUCGGAGCUUUAUAAUUCUUAUAAUUAUAUGAAAAUAUCUGUGCAAGAAAUUGAUUUUGCUCUACUUAAAACACCAAUAAACCUUAUUAAUCCAUUAUUUGAAAUUAAUUUUAAUUACAACCAUUUUUACAUUAAUGCUAGUGGAUUAAAAGUUCUUCUUGAUCAUUCUGGAUUCAUUUAUUUGUCUAAAAUUUACAACAUUUCUAAUAACCCCUUUAGCUUGCGAGUUUGCAAGCCUUGCUAUGAACAUUUACAAAAAUGUAAAACACCACCUUUAUCAUUGGCCAACAACAUAUGGAUUGGAUCUACACCACUAUGUCUUCAAGACUUAACAAUUCCAGAACAACUUUUAAUUUCAUCUGGGUACCUGUGUAUGAAACUUAUCCAAUUAACAAAGAAAAAACAUACACAUCAUAAACUUAAAGAGCAUGUUAUCACAUUUUCUCAAGAUCCGACUUCAUUAGUUAAUCAUAAUCAGUUAUUCAGAGAAAAAUGCAUACUUGAUGAAAAUGCUUUAAAUAACUUACCUGAAGGGGAAAUUCCCAAAGCCUUAACUCUAACAACCAUCAUAGUAGAUAUUGAUUCAUGUAAACCUGAACUCUACACUGAAUCUAGCAGUGACGAUGAAGAAUUAACUAAUAUCAAUAAACAUAACUUUAACCAUAUUCUUAUCAAUAAUUCAAUCAAUACUGCAAGCAAACUCAGGUCUUCUGGAAUAAUAAAUGUUGAUAGUAUACCGAUUACUAAAAGAGAGCUUACAUUGCUUUCUUUCCAAAAACUUGUUGAUGAAUCAAAUUUUCAUACAAAUAAACAAUUAUCCAUGAAUAUGAUCAUAACUGAAAUAAGAGCUAAACUCUCUAUGCAGUCACAAAUAUUAUGUGUACCUUAUAGCAACAAAUCAAUAAACGAAUAUGAAGAUUUAAUGCUUUUUCUCAUAGGAUUUCCAGUUCUCUAUCUGUACGGUGUUGGAGGACAUGAAGGUCAAUCAUCUUGA